GAGGGUCACUGGGGUGAAGGUGAGAAAUUACUGUCUUACAAAGCAAAAAAAUGGUCAUCAUGGCCUGAAAGGAUCCUGUGCCUUUAACAUGAUGGCCCAGAGAUUUGACCAGGAUUCUAGGCUGAUUGCAACCACUGAUCAAUUCUUGCAGCCUCUGACUAAACAGAUGCCUCUGUUCCCUCGCUUUCAAACAAAUGUGACAUUGUGUUUCUCAAAGCACUCCUGUGCUGGAACACUCAUUUCCUGUCAUUACUCUGAGGACAGACCUGUUACUGAUCCAAUCCUUCUCAGGUUAGUUAUUUCUGUUAUGGUUGUCCUGGGGCCUCCUCUACCUAGUCCCAGGGCUACUUUCCCUUGUGAUCUUGUGAUCCUCACUUUGCCUAAAGGACUAAGCCCUCAGUCCUAACCCCCUUACCCUGAAAACAUACAGAGCCCCAUCCUGCUCUACUCUUCCUAAAUAAUUCAGCCAUGGAUUUAUUGCUGCUUUUUCAAAAGAUAAGUGCUGUGGCUAAAGGCUUUGAAGAUUAUCCUGACUUUUGCAACAUCUAUCUUUGAGGUUGGAAUGGUUUCAGCCAACCUUGGACCCUAUAAUCUCCCAAACUGUGGCCUUGAUUUUAUCUCUGACAUUCUGAAUCUUGGCCUAAAUUCCAAGAGCUCAGCCAAGGACACAUCCGGAAUUACCAAGGAAGCCUUCAGUGAGACAAACUGCUUCCCUCUCCUCCCCAUUAUCUCCCAGUACCCCAUGAUUCUCGCCUUGUUGCCCACAGAAGACCCCAGAGUCUUCCAACCAAAUGCAAAAUCAGAUACUCCAGAGUUUCUCAAGUAAAACCAACAUGCAGCCUAUAAAAUCUUCAAAGGAAAACAAUGAGUUGUCUAGGAUAAUUGACUCACCCUGAACAAAACAAGGUCUUCCUCAACAAGAGAGUCAGCUCCAGUUUAUAUCUUGAGUCAGAGAUCAAGGUUUGAACGUCAGACCAAGCAGUAGAUACCCUGAACGUCCUUGCUCUUGGAUUUUCAUGUGGUUGCUCAUUUCUAAAUUGUUCCUCCAAUUUUCAACCCCGAAAGAAGAACUUGAAGAAACUUGAGGCGAUAAAGUUCCUGAAACAACACCUCACACAUGAUCCAUGUGCAAAAGACUUUUCCUUAUGCCCAGCCUGUUUUUUGGGACAAUCAGAGUCGAAAAGAACAGACGUGAAGCUCGUGAUUGAGACAGAAAUGUCUUUGGUGUCUUUGGCAGACUUUAAGGCGCAUGCACAAGAACACCUAUCUAAGUUAUCGUGGGACUUUAUUGAAGGAGAAGCUGAUGAGGGCAUCACAUACAAUGACAACAUUGCGGCAUUUAAAAGAAUCCGCCUCCGCCCCCGAUACCUGAGAGACGUGUCAGAGGUAGACACCAGGACCACAAUCCAAGGGCAGGAGAUCGAGGCCCCCAUCUGCAUCUCACCCACCGCUUUUCACUCUAUUGCCUGGCCAGAUGGAGAAAGGAGCACAGCCAGAGCUGCUCAAGAAGCCAACGUCUGCUAUAUCACCAGCACUUAUGCCAGUUGUACCCUAGAGGACAUUGUUGCUGCUGCCCCCAGAGGCUUCCGAUGGUUCCAGCUCUAUGUGCAGUCAGACUGGGAGCUCAACAAACAGCUGAUUCGGAGAGCAGAAGGCCUGGGUUUCAAAGCUUUGGUGAUCACUGUAGAUGUACCAGUAACUGGCAAAAGGAGGCGGGACAUAAGAAACCAACUGAAUUUAGAGGCAAACAUAAUGCUGAAGGACCUCCGGUCACCUGAAGCGGGAAAUUCCACACAAUCUGCCAAAUUCCACAUGUCUUUGCCAAGUAGAUCUUUCUGCUGGAAUGAUCUCUCCUUGCUUCAGAGUAUAACUCAACUGCCCAUUAUCCUUAAAGGGAUUUUGACGAAAGAGGAUGCAGAAUUAGCAGUGAAACACAAUGUCCAAGGCAUCUUUGUUUCCAACCAUGGUGGGAGGCAGCUUGACGAGGUUCCUGCUUCGAUCGAUGCUCUGACAGAAGUGGUGGCCGCAGUCAAAGGGAAAGUUGAAGUGUACAUGGACGGUGGGGUUCGAACUGGCAAUGAUGUGUUGAAGGCACUGGCCCUUGGGGCUAAGUGCAUUUUCCUUGGGAGGCCAAUCAUUUGGGGCCUCGCCUGCAAGGGUGAACAUGGUGUUAAGGAAGUUUUAAAUAUUUUAAAAGAAGAGUUCCAAACUUCUAUGGUCCUUUCAGGUUGCCGGUCAGUUGCUGAGAUCAGUCCAGACCUGAUUCAGUUUUCCAGAUUAUAAGGAACUACUGAGACUGCCUACAAGGGGAAGACAGGCCCUCAAUGUGGUGUGCAAUGCUGUUCUUCUUAGGCUCUAUCCUAUUGAGUAGUUUGAGCCCUGUAUCCUCAAAAAUAGAGAGGGAUGUAGAAAAGAUAACUACCGCCAUUGUGCAUUUGGAUGAAGGAAUACCAUCUAAUGUUCUACUGGAUAACUAUAGUUGACAACAAUUAAUUGACUGUGUCAAAUAGUCAUGUUCCAAAAAGAAAGGAAAUAGUUAUGUUUGAUGUGACACACCAGUUACACUCAUCUGAUUAUUAUGUAUAUUAUACAUUAUGGAAAUGCUAUACUAUCCCAUAAAUGUGUGCAAUUAAAAUAACAAUGUAUGUUCAAAAAGAAAAGGGACAGGGUUACCCUGAUGCAGUUUUACUCAUUCUGUCCUGCAAGACAUAUGGGAAUUUUUAAGCUUUAAUCCAUAUAGUCAAAGUCUGAAACAUAAAACAGCAGAGAUCAAAUGAAUGUUUGAAUUAUUCAAGGUUCUGAUAUUACAGAAAUGUUAUGUUCCAUUGCCUAAUGUCCAUCCUAGAUAGUAACUGGCCUCCAAAGAAAUAGCAAAAGGAAGAUUCUGACACUCAUUUUCAAGACUCUAUGAAAUUAAAAUGAACUAUUCUAGUCUUUUAGCAACAUGUGACAAAGAAGAUACCUUUAUUCUGUUCAUAUUGGUAUUGUCAAUAAAUGUAUGCUUUUCAACAAAGUUUAUAGAGUCAAAAUAAUUGUAAAGAUUAAAGUUUGAGAAAAUUUCUGCUACCCAGAAGUCUCCAAGAACCCAGUCUCAUGUAAACUCACACAUAAGAAACAAGCCUCACCCAUUUCCCAGAGGAUGUGACCACAUCUAGAUAGAUUUUGCUCCUCUUUAACAUCUUCUACAGCCCCUUUGAUCACUCCUUUUCCUGUGUUUCUAUAUCACAGAAUUAUGUGUCAGGCACCAUGUAUUUCUAGAUCCCUCCAUUUGUGCACCAGUAACUUUAAUCCCACCAUUCUCAUCACAUUAGAAACUCAAUCUCUGUUCCCUCACCCACCUGGUUGUACAUGACUGACUCCAUCCAUUGAGUAGUUUCCUAAUAAACUAUCUGCUUUUCAAACGAGCUCUGACUCCAUUGCGAUCCACAUUAAUUGUGUUUCACUUUACCUCAGUGAUUGUCAUAGUUAGCUUCAGCUGUCAACCUGACUUAGACUAGUGUCUUCUGGGAAAGGGAACCCCAACUGAAGAACUCCUUCAAUAAGAUUAUCCUGUAUCCAUGUCUUGGGAGGAUUUUUCUUAACUACCAAUUGAUAGAGUGCCUACCCUACUGUAUGCAGCAAAAUCCCUAGGCAGAUGGGUUUGGGCUGUACUUAGAAAGCUAGCUGAGGAAGCCAGAAGACCAAGUCAACCUUUACCCUCUAACCACCUCAUAACUUAAAUUGUUUAUGUUUCCCUGCUAAUUGAUGGACAUGCUGUGAAAUUUCCUCCAACGUUCCUGGUGAUAGUCAUUCUUACUGUAAUAACUUCAA